AACAUUACCUCAUCUUCUUUCUCCUCUCGCACACAAACCCUUCAAAAUUCAUUCAACAACACAGAUUUAUCAAUUCAUUAUACACACACACACAUAUACAUACAUUAUUCAGUGUAUAUACAUAUAAUAUACCCGACCCGCCGACCCGAAACCCUAGAUCCAUCGUCAAGAUCAUGGUGGGCCCUACACCGCCGCAAUUUCCGGCGCCGGCACCGGAAAAAGUUACUUUAUCAGCUGAAGAAGAAGCUAUAAAGAGAAAUACAGAUUGUGUUUAUUUUCUUGCUUCUCCACUCACAUGUAAAAAGGGAAGCGAGUGUGAGUACCGCCAUAGUGACAUGGCUCGGCUUAAUCCAAGGGAUUGCUGGUACUGGUUGAAUGGAAACUGCUUAAACCCAAAGUGCGCAUUCCGGCACCCUCCUUUUGAUGGAUUUUUGGAAGCUCAAGUUCCAACUGCUAUGGGAUCUUCUGUAGCUCCUAUGGUGUCUGUUGCACCUAUGUCACAGGUUCCAUAUGCUUCUAGUAAACAAGCCGUGCCGUGCAUAUUCUUCCAGCAAGGGAUUUGUCGAAAAGGUGAUAAGUGUGCAUUCAUGCAUGCACCAACCUUUGUUUCUAACAAACCUUCACAGCUGCCUCCAGUGUCUACUGCAUCUAGUGAAACUCCAACUGUUAAGAAGGCAUUCGAUGGGGUCGGAAAAACUGUGCAAGGCAAGAAAUUUCCACAUACAAAUAAUCUGAAGCCUGCUGAACUACCUAAACCUGUGGGAAAACUGGAAAAUACCUUUGGUGAGAAGGUACUGCCACCAAAUUCUGUCAUAAACAGAGAACAUUCCAGGUACAAGCCAACAAAUACGCCGCCUCCAACCAAUGGCAAUCCUCUCAGUGGACCCCACAGAGUGCAGCAGCCCAUUGGGAUCGAUGAUGAUGAAAUUUCAAGGGAGCCUUCUCCUGGUUUUGAUGUCCUUGUGGACGAUGAGCUCAGAGGUGAUUCAGAUUAUUAUCAUGAUGGAGAUCAUUAUGGUGGAACAAGGGAUAAUUUGGGGAGAAAUGAAUAUGACAUGGGCGAUUCUGCUGAUUAUGAUUCAGUGGCAGAUAUUGACCGAGAUAUGUACCGUGAUGUGCAUGGAUAUGAGGACUCGUAUGACAGGCUUCAGGGUCGCUAUGCUCGGGAGCAGCAUAUAGCUUCUUCUGAGAGACGCUAUGGUACACUAGAUAACAAUGAACAUGCUGAAAUGGCAGAUCUGAGACAUCGGUUAUCGAAACAUAGGAGGGGUGGUAAUGGUUUGAAAUCUGUCAUUGGUGACUUUUCAAGUGAAAAGCAUGUUGAAGACCAAGGCAACAGGAGUUCUAGGAGGGAGACACACUAUUUACCUUCACAUGAUAGUUCUCUUAGUGGUCGUCUUCGAGGAAGAAUAAAGAUUCCAGUUAGGUCAUCUUCUCCAACUGAUCGGGCUGACUUACGGUUUGAUAGGGAAAUGGAUAGGGUGAGAGACCGUCGCAAGUUGUCUUCAGAAAGGCCACAGAUGUACUCUUACCAAGGAAGGCCACAAGACAGAAUAAAGGGAAGAGUGCAAGGGGAUUUUAAUAAUGACAGGAGAAAUAACAGAGGUCCGUAUCUAAGAAGAGAUAGAAUAAAUGACAAUAAUUCUGACUUCCGGCGUCCUAAAAGUCUUGCAGAACUUAAAGGUAGGAAAACUGCUGAGAGCAAUGAGCAAAGUCUCAACGAGCAACAACCCCUGGGAAAGCGGAAGUUCCAAAAGGUUGAUAGCGGGGGCAAUCUAUCAUUUGAAGGACCAAUGCCCCUAAAAGAGAUUUUGAAGAGGAAAAAAGGGAAUGCUGAUUUUCCUUCCGCUAUCAUCAAGAAUGAGUCUGACCUCCCUAUUCAGAAGGAAGAAUCUAAGCUCGUAUCAGGUGAUAGUAACGGUCCACAAGAAACAAAAUCCGCGGAUCACCAAUCUCCUUUGCACCACAAUACAAAUGAACUUGAACCUGAAGAGGAGAUGAUUGUGGAAGGAGCAGACUCUCAAGACCACGAAGGCUACUAUGAACCGGUUGAGGGAGAAGAUUACAACUUCGACGAAGGUGACCCCGAGGACGAAUUCUUGGAUGAUGAUGACGACUUUGCAAAGAAGCUUGGUGUUGUUUCCUCAUAAAUGACGGGACAUUCGUUUGCUCUAGCUGAUGUAUUUGUUUUACAUACAUCUGUGAGUUCUUUUUAGGCUUUUUAGGUUUAACGAACAAAUUAGCUCUACUGGUUUUGAUUUCAGAAGUAGGGAAACAGAAUAUUUUUUUUCUUGCCCUUUGUACUAUUAGAAGCUCUUUUUCUCAUUCAUGUAAACUCUCUGACUGGAUGGAUAAUUUUCCACCAGUCAGUUGCUGGGGACAGGUUUGCCCAGAAGGGUCAUGACUGUAUGUAACUUUUUAGAGUGUUAACAAAAAGUACCUUUGCAGCUUUUCUA